UUGGAGUCCGGCAGUCUAAGCGCCGGCAUUGAUCGCACCCAGCAUCCGGGCAGCGUCCAGCACCCAAGGGCAGCCUGGAAACCAUGGCAAGGCGCAUACUACUGCUCCUCCUCGGCAGUAGUAUCGGAGUAGAGAGCGCCCCGAGCCAGGACGUCCAGGACCUCUGCCGCGACGAGGCGCGCAGCACGACGACGGUGCGCGAGAACGUAAUCGUCGCGAUCCGGGGCGGCGGAUUUAGAAGGAGGCCCGGCCAGGCCAUGAUCCACCCGUGCUGCCCGUCCGACGAGGACGCGCGGCGCGUCUUCAUGUCCGUGCUCACGUUCAUCAACAAGUUAAAGACCUACGGCUUCGGCGACACGCGCGUGCUCGGGACGACGUACGGCUGCCCGGCCGGCGACGCGCAGUACACAAAGGAGCUGCAGGAGUGGUACGAGCCCUACCUCAAAUCAUCUGAUGAUUGGACGAUGCUGAGCCACGGCUCGAAGGCGCAUGACAAACAUCGACAGAAGAGCGGGGCGCAGGGCCUCUGGACGCAGUCCAAGUUCGUGGUGAGCGAGCUCCAGGCGCGGCUCCGGCCCGUCGAGGCGGCCGCGCCGCCCAGGCUACUCGUGGAGCUCCGCGCCGACGAGAUGAUCGCCGUGCGCAACUGGACGCUCUUCCGCGAAUGUUUACAUGAGGGUCCCGCGGGCGACGUCGUGCCCGGGGAAUAUGCGAGGUGCUACACGCACUGGGACGACCUGCCCGACGCCCCGUCCGUCAUCCCGGCCAUGCGGGAGCUCUUCAAGCUGGGGCCGGAGCGUACGGCGUGCGCCGAGAAUAUCGUUCGAAGGCAGGUCCGGGGCUCGUGCGUCGCCGACGACGCCUUCCCGAACCACGCGUGGCUGCACCGCGCGCCGGGCUAGGACUAACUACACUACAUCACA